UGCGUUUAGUCCAGUCUGAGUUAACUUCCUCACCCAGAUCUCCGGAACCGGCAGCUACGGAGGGAGCUAGCAGUGCAUAUGUGCCUGCUGCAUGACUCCAUGUCAGAUCUCCGAAGAUCCAGGAUGUGAGAGAGAAGACCACGUGACCUGUGGAGGCCAGUGGCAGCCAGCGCAUCGGAAAGAGGCUCAGACAAGGUGAAGUUCCAUCGCUGUGGGAAAGUUCUGGCUGCUUCAUCUCUGCCUCUAGAUCCAAUAUUAGAGAUUUUCAGGAAAAGCCAUGGCCUCAACCCCAAUCACCAAGAAGAUGAGGGAGGAAGCCACCUGUUCCAUCUGUCUGCAACUGAUAACUGAGCCAGUGAGCAUCAGCUGUGGACACAGCUACUGCCACUUGUGCAUAGUGAGCUUCUGUGAGAUGCAACCAUGGCUGGAGAUGUUCUCCUGUCCCCAGUGUCGGAUGCCAUUUAAAAUGGCGAGCCUCCGACCCAACAGGCAGCUGGGAAACCUCAUUGACGCCAUCAAGGACAUGGACCAGGAAAUGUCAUGUGAGGAACAUGGAGAGAAGCUCCAUCUGUUCUGUGAAGACGAGGGCCAGCUCAUCUGCUGGCGCUGUGAUCGAGGAUUGCAGCACAAAGGGCACACCACAGCUCUGGUGGAAGAUGCGUGCCAAGGUUACAAGGAGAAGCUCCAGGAAGCUGUGACCAAAUUGAGGCAACUGGAAGAGGAAUGUAUGAACCUGAAGGUGUUCACGGCAAAGCAAAUAACCGAAUGGAAUGAGAAGAUAGAAGUUCAGAAACAAAAAAUCCAGUCUGACUUUAAGAAUCUCCAGAGCUUCCUUCAUGAGGAAGAGAAGUCUUACCUAUGGAAACUGGAGAAAGAAAAAGAGCAGACUCUGAGGAGACUGAGGGACAAUGAGGCCAAUCUUGAACAGAAGAGCCGUGAACUCGAGAGCUACAUCCUACAACUAGAGCAUAAAUGUCAGGGCUCAGCCCAAAAUCUGCUGCAGGAUGUGAAAGAUACUUUGAGCAGGAGUUGGGCUGUGAAGCUAGAACAACCAGAGGCCCCCUCUUUGGACCUUCACACUGUGUGCAAUGUUUCUGAGCUUUACUUUGAUGUGAAGAAAGUGUUAAGGAGCUAUCAAGUCAGCGUGACUCUGGAUCCAGAUACAGCUUAUUACGAACUAAUUCUGUCUGAGGAUCGGAGACAAGUGACUCGUGGAUGCCCCCAGGAGAAUCUUGAUACUUCUUCUAGGAGAUUUAGUGCCUUACCCUGUAUCCUGGGCUGUGAAGGCUUCACCUCAGGAAAACAUUACUUUGAAGUGGAUGUGGGAGAGGGAACUGGGUGGGAUUUAGGAGUCUGUAUGGAAACUGUGCAGAGGGACACUGUCAUGGUGCAGACGCCUCAGUCUGGAUUCUGGGCCAUCAGACUGUGCAAAAAGAAUGGCUAUGUAGCGCUUACCUCUCCCCUAACUUCCCUUCAGCUAAGGGAGCAGCCCCUGGUUGUGGGGAUAUUUCUGGACUUCGAGGCUGGAGUUGUAUCCUUUUACAACAUGACCACUGGUUCCCACAUCUUCACCUUCCCAAAGGCCUCCUUCUCUGACACUCUCCGGCCCUAUUUCCAGGUCUAUCAAUAUUCUCCUUUGUUCCUGCCUCCCCCAGAUGAGUAAGGGAAGGAGCAAAGUCUCCUCGAUUUAACUAGCAUAGAGAGUAUAAUCUGAAUCCCACGAGGACAGAAAUGUGGUCUCUUUUCUUCGAAGCUAUUUCCUUGUACCUAAAACAGUGCUGGGUUUUUAGUGCAUACUUAAUAAAUCUGCAUUGAAUAAAUGACUAUAAUGACUGUAAAAAUACCCCAAGUGGUCAGGCUGAGCUGGGGAAAAGCAAGAUAAUAGCGAUGAUUAUGCUUUGUCCUCUCCAUCCCUCUUCAAUGGGUUCAGAGUUUCGAUUUCUAAGAGUUCUUGAGUGACCCAGGAGGGUGACUCAGAGACCAGGAGGUCUGACUUCUCCCAGUUUGUUUGGUGCCAUUUAAACUCAUAGAUGGGGGAUGAGGAAAAGCUGCAAUUGUCUCUGUCAACUGCAGACAAGAGCAUGAAAAUCAAAAAUGCAAUGACUCAUCUAACCACUGACAUGAUUAAUAAUCUGAGCCAUCAAUAAUCUGAUGUAGUAAGUGUGGACGGCUACCAGACCUGGUGAGAUCUGCUUGAGCAAUAACCACCCUCCCACCCCCAUCUCAGAAGCCAGUUGCAAGUCCAGGUUGUCACCUGUGCUUCUGACUGACUGGCUAUAAAUUGGAGGUUCCCAUGAUCCCCUCUUUGGGUUUGAUCAUUUGUUAGAA